AUGGCACGCAGCAACAACAACAUUGGGCCGCCGGAGAGCAGCAUUCGGAGGGGGGAGAAGGAGGAGGAGGACGACGACGAUGAUUUGGAUGAUACAGUCGGCGAUCCGAAGAAGAAGGGUAGAGGAGACAUCUUCAACAUGCGGGAGGACGAGCUGUUAUGCGACGCAUGGUUGGCCAGUAGCCUCGAUCCGGUCCAUGGCACGGAGCAAAAGGGCACAACCUUUUGGAGGAACAUUCACAUAUGGUUCCAUGAGCACAAGCAUUUCGCGCCCUACUCCGACGCGUUGAUCUGCAACCGUGAGUGGAAGUCCCUCAACCAUCGAUGGUACCAUCCAAGAGGCCAUCUUCAACCUACUCGUGCUUGUGUGGUGUACAAGAAGUUGGAGAAGAAGUCCUUCACCUACAUGCAUUGUUGGUUGAAGUUGAAUGGGCAACCGAAGUUAAACCUUUUCAUUGCCAAAACCUCCGCCCAAGCCAACGAGGUAGAAAACGGUGACCCUACCGACCCAGUCCAAGAACCUCCGAAGAAGAUUAGAAGAAAUCUGUGGGGCAAGAAGUGUGAGGAGGAGAGGGCGAAUCGAGAAGGUGCGGCGGCCAAGCUAACGGAGAGGUUCGAGGAGAUCUUGGCGAAGAAGGAAGAGACAUGCGUGAGGCGCUCGGACAUCAAGGAGGAGAGGAAGGCCGAGAGGUUCAAGCAGUUGAUGGAGGUGAUAGAGAACAAGAUCAAGCUCCAAGAGAGGAGGGCCAUGAUCGAACAGAGAAAGGCGACACUCGAGGAGAAGAAGGCCAUGCUCGAGGAAAAGAGGAUGCUGGAGUGGCAGAAAGAUGAGUUGGCGGCGGCGGAAGAGGAGGGUGCGGUGGAGGCGGAGGUGGACGCCAAUGCAGAGGCUGCCUACGCGGCGGCGACGACAGCUCCUUAA